CCGUCUCCCCUCUUUCCAAGCAACAAGAUAACACCCGUGAAGAUGUGAUGUGUCCUGAAUCCCCGGGCGGUUCUGGCGUGGCUGGCAGGGUCGUGGCUGGAUCGGUAAAGCAAGUGUUCGCAACGAACGACGGCGGUCUCAGUUCCGGGAGGCUAGCAUCUCGGGAGGACGAUCGAUUAUAGAAACGCUGCACGGGUUCAUCCGGAAACCGAAGCGACACUUUAACGCCUUCCCUACGACUGGAGAUCCGGACUCGACUCCUUCAUUGAUGUUCCGAAACCGAUAAUGGCGAUGUGUCCGUACUGCGAGACUACGAGAGAACAAAUGUCCGAAAGGACGCUCGAUUAUUUCCUCAGCCGGGGGCAAAUACGAAGCAAGGACGCCGCCCUCAUCGAGUGGUCCCAUGCCGCCAACAGUAAGGACAGAAUCGCAGAGGCUCUGAAAGGUUCUUGUCACAUGAUAGAGGCUGACCUACUGAUGAGAGAUUGCCAUCCCAAAGAGCCAAUAAUGGCACACCCACCUGAGACUGACAGUGACAUCACACUGCAGGAAUGGCUUAAAGAAGUCGUGAAACAUAGAAAGGGAAUAAAACUAGAUUUCAAGAGCCUCGAAGCAGUGGCACCAUCCAUGGUUUUGCUGAAGGAGGUGUGGGAUCAUUUGCAUGGACCUGUGUGGCUCAAUGCAGAUAUUCUUCCAGGACCAGGAGGAACAGCAGCUCCUUUGGACCCACAAGCAUUCUUGGAUGCCAUUGGGACUUGUUCCAGUCAUGCAGUGCUUUCUCUUGGCUGGACUACAGGAUGGACAGCUGAUACAACUAACCCAGCUUAUAGCUGGGACAAUAUCUGCGAGAUGGAGGAGGUAUGCAGGACCCUGAAGUCUCCAGUUACAUUUCCAGUACGAGUUGCCCUGCUGGCCCAGUCCUUCUGCCAGCUGAAGUGGCUGCUGCAAAAGUCAGAUAGGUACACUCUGACAGUGUGGACAGGCCAGCAUGACAAGUUUGAGGUACAGGAUUUGCUGCGGUAUCGACAAGAGUUUGGGAAACACAAGAUCUACUAUGACCUCCCAGACCCUCAAAGACAAUGGCUCCCUCUUUUGACUCUAAAGCCUCCUGUAUUUUCCUCUCCCUUGGUCUGAUGGUCCUUUGCAGCCCAUUAAUGGUCCAAGCCCAGCUCAAGCUCUACAACAUCCGCGCAAGUGACCUGCCUGCCAGCAUCCUGGGAACCACUGACGGUUACGUUAAGGUGUUCUGUGGCCCGGCCACCU